CGGACCUGGUGAGGUGAGCAGCGCGCCCUUGAGGGUCCCAAAUUCGGGAUUUUGUGGGGACCUCUCUGUGGACACGAUAUGUCUACAAAACAUCAAACACUAAGGUUUAAUUGCUUUCCUCUCCUUCUGGACCCGUGUGAGAGUACUUGGAGCAGUGACUGCCAUCUGGUGGCAAGCCAGCAUCAUCGCUUGGUACAACCUAAUGGUGACUAAGAUGCCCACUCUUAGUGGUAUGCACUGGCAGCAGGGGACCAGGAGAGCCUGGAGGGUGUCUGAUGAAGGAGCCUAGUGAAAUAGGCUAUUGCUUCCACCUGAAUGAGUUGUUCAUCCCAGAUUUUGAGCCUGGAGCCAGCUCCAAAAUGGCACCUCUGAAGAAAAGAUUUGGAUUGCUCUUGUGUUUUCGUCAAAGAUCUGCUGGUUACCUACCAGCGGGUAACCAAGACUGUGAAUAAGCACAUAUCAAGAGGGGCAUGUGAUGACAUGGAGCCUGAAAUAAACUGCUCUGAAUUGUGUGAUGGUUUUCCUGGUCAGGAGCUGGAUCGGAGACCCCUUCAUGAUCUCUGCAGGACAACAAUUACCUCUUCCCACCACAGCAGUAAGACCGUUUCUUCAUUAUCUCCUGCCCUCUUGGGUGUUGUUUGGACUUUCCUCAGCUGUGGACUUGUUUUGAUAGCUUUCUUUCUGGGCUUCACAGUUCGCUGCAGGAAGAACAGGAUUGUGAAGAUGUCCAGUCCCAAUCUGAACAUUGUGACCUUACUGGGCAGUUGUCUGACUUACAGUAGCGCUUACCUCUUUGGGAUUCGAGAUCAAGGUGCUUUAGCUGGAAGCUCAAUGGAAACUCUCAUUCAGAUAAGACUGUCCAUGCUGUGCAUUGGGACCUCCCUUGUGUUUGGUCCCAUUCUGGGGAAGAGCUGGCGACUCUACAAGGUGUUUACCCAGAGGGUUCCGGACAAGAGAGUGAUCAUCAAAGACCUACAGCUCCUGGGGUUGGUGGCAGCCCUGGUGAUAGCUGAUGUGAUCCUGCUCAUGACAUGGGUGCUGACUGACCCCAUCCAGUGCCUCCAGAUUCUCAGUGUCAGUAUGACGGUGACAGGGAGAGAUGUGUCCUGCUCUCUGACCAGCACACACUUCUGUGCUUCCCGGUACUCUGAUGUCUGGAUUGCUCUCGUUUUGGGAUGCAAGGGCCUGCUGCUGCUCUAUGGGGCCUACCUGGCUGGCCUGACUGACCACGUCAGCUCUCCUCCUGUGAAUCAGUCUUUAACCAUCAUGGUUGGGGUCAACCUCGUGGUGCUGGCUGCUGGGCUGCUUUUUGUGGUCACCAGAUACUUGCACUCCUGGCCCAACCUGGUCUUUGGACUCACAUCUGGGGGUAUCUUUGUUUGCACGACCGCAAUCAACUGCUUCAUCUUCAUUCCCCAGCUGAAGCAAUGGAAGGUAUUUGAAGAGGAAAACCAAACAAUCAGACGCAUGGCCAAGUAUUUCAGCACUCCCAGCAAAAGCUUGCAUAGCCAGUAUGGUGAGGAACAGAAUUGCCAUGUUAGAGGAGAGAAAAAUUCCAUGGAGAGACUCCUCACAGAAAAAAAUGCUGUGAUUGAAAGCCUGCAGGAACAAGUAAACAACGCCAAAGAGAAACUGAUGAGGCUGAUGUCAGCUGAGUGCGCCUAUGACCCUCCAGCGGGGGCUGUCCCGCCUGCCUCUUCCCACAGCACAGAUGUCCUGGCCGCGGCCUCUGCCCACAGCCUGGCAGCUCAAGGGCCUUCCGAAUACCUCUCUGAAUCUCAGAACGAUACCCGUGCAGCCACCCGGGACUCCCAGAGUGUCUCAGGGCCUUCCUCCAGUGUACAGAACCUCAAGGGGCCUGGGAAGGAUGCCAGCCCCUCCUCAGGGCAGAAAGAGAAAAUUUCUGACUUGAAAGACUUUUCUGGUCAUUUCAAUUUGGGCUGCAACCAGAAGCUGUGGGCUGAGCAAAGUCAGGGUGCAGAAAAGAGAGACCAGGUCCCUGUGGCCCUCCACCAGAGCCUCAUACCAAGUGGAGAAGGCUCUGUUCCCCAGAGGAAGGGGCAGCUGGGGAACUCAGAGGAGCCCCAAGAGCGACGGUCAAGGGUCAAUGCAGUGAUCAGGGAGAAGCUUCAGGAAGUACUGCAAGAUCUGGGCCUGGGCCCUGAGGCUGCCCUUGGCCCUCCUCUGUCCUGUCCAGGGCAGCCAUGGAAGAGCAGCGCUGCCCACAGCCCCCAGAAGACGCCCCUCUCUGAGGAGCUGGGCUUCAGCCCCCACCUGGUGAGGAGAAGGAGGGCAGCACUGCGGGCUCGUUCGCACUUUCCAGGCUCUGUACCCUUGUAUGGGGGCCGUCAGGUAAAUAGAACUGUUUCUGGGGCGCACCGUGGGCUCAACGUGCAGGACAGGGACAGCCCCUGCCUGGACCCCCAAACUGCUGAUUCCAGGGUACCAAGACCCUCUUCUGGGAAGCCUUUACUACUCCCAGAUCCUCAAGGCAAGUCAGGCUCCCUGGAGGGCAGCAAACGACAACAGACAGAGCCCCAGGGAGCCCAAGGGAGCCGCGCAACCUUUCCUUACCGGCCUUCUGGUUCUGGCCGGGCACUCUGUCCCACUGCUCCCAACCUGUCCAGAGCCCCAGCAGACCUGCCUGAGCAGCGGCAGCUGCAGUCCCCGGGGUCUCCAGGCUGCCCCUCCCUGUCUUCUCCAUGCAGCUACCUUGACACAGAAUCCAGCAGCUCAGACGAGCUCUUCUGCCGCUGCCACCGGCCCUACUGUGAAAUCUGCUUCCAGAGCUCCUCUGAUUCCAGUGGCAGCGACUCCUCAGACACCGACCCUGAGCCUGCAGUGGGGGUGGCUUCCUGGGAAAAGCUGUGGGCCCGCUCAAAGCCUAUCGUGAACUUCAAAGGUGACUUGAAACCCACACUGGUGUGAACAGCAGAGCAAGUCUGGAUGUAGAGGUUUGUCCAGGACAAGCUGCACCAUGGCCUACAAAGGGAAGGCCAGUUCUGGCCUUCGGGGACUAGACCAGUGCCAUGCGUUUGACCAGCCCUCCCCAUGUCUCAGCUGUGCUCGCCUGAGCAGUGUGUUACCUUGAGCACUUCUUGAUCUAUAAAAAGAGGGGUAUCGCCUGUCUUGUUACUACCUCACAGCAUUCCCAUAAAAAACUCCAGUUGAGUGCCCAUAAAAGAUACCCUUUGGAUAAAAGGUGCUAAAUGAGCCCAGGGGGAUUUUUGUCCUGAGGAGCCUGUGAUCUACAAAAGUUUUCAUAUAUACCAGAUGGAUGGCUGGUAGACAGACAGAUGGAGAAAUGGAAGGAAAACUUCUGCAGAACCAGAGCUGUGGACUGUGUUGGUUGCGUCCACCUGGCUUUUUGGUGGCAGACCUGCUAGGAAGAUAAGUCUCCUCUGUCCUUAGGUAUCCCACUCUUGGCUAGGGGUGGUUUUAUUUCUGUUCAAGUUGGUGAACAGCACCACCCCCAGGUUCCAGCUUCUGGCUAGACUCAGCUCAGAGCCACCUCUCCACCUCUGUUUGGUGUUCAUGUCUUUACAGCAUUAUGGUGCCUCACCAUUGUCCCUGAGGCAGUCAGGUGUCCACUGGGCCACAGGCUGCCCAGAUCUCUCUCCGGGACUCGGAUGGCACCUGAGCCCCACCCCUUGAACUCUGCUAGUGGUGUGGUUUUGCAGUAGGGGACGCACACACUGGCAAUCUCUGCUGAGGUAGGUGAAGCCCUGUUAGUCGAGGGAUGCUUUGAGUGCCCUUGGGACCACGUGACCACCGAUGGCUACACAAACCUGGAAAUAGAAAGUAGGGAAACAGAAAGGAAGAAAUGGGGGAGAAGGUAGGAAAGAAAACAGGUUUUGAACGUUUACCUCGAGUCUGGCACGGUACUUGGAAAUACCAAAAAUCAGCAGUUCCUUACAAUAAUCCCUUGAAGUGGACACUCGCAUUCCCAUUUUUACAGAUGAGAGUAUGAGGCUUUUUGAGACCUGAGGUGGCUUCCCCAACAUCACACCGCUGGAGAGUGGAGUGGCCCCAGGGGGGCUUGCCCCACAGCUCGUGGACUCCACGUGGGUCAACUUCCCUGGGCCGCAUCUAUUCAUUGUUCUGAGGGUGGCAGGCCAGACCAGAAAGCCAGGGUAGUGUGGGAAGCUGCCCUGUGCUCACUGUGCAGUCCAGGAGAACAAAACGGGGCUCCUCACCUCAGGAGGCAGCCCCUGCUGCCCCAUGGCCUCAGGGGCCCGCUGGACCCUCGACGGGAGCCAGUGAGUCAGUGAAAGCUAAGUGCCAGGGUCUCCUCUGCUGCCAGAGCCACAGGGAAGACACAGCUGGGGCCACUGCACUUGUUGCUGAGCUGUUGUUGUUUACAGGCUAUUCCCUGCCCCAACCUGGGUGUGCAUCUGCGUGUGCACAUGUUUGUGUGCACGAGUUUGGGCCUCCUUAGAUAUGUCUGGAAGGGGGCUUUUGGCUCUAAACGUCUCACAGAAGAUGUGUCAUGGACUCCCGGUGGCUGCUGACACCUUAUGAAUCUCCAGACACCAGACCGGGAGGCCCUCCUAGUAACACAGCUUCUUCUGUUGUCGACUUUUAAACACAAAUAUCAUAAUUUAUUCAG